AUGCCCCGCCGUGCCAUCGCUUCUCGCGCCCUCAGCCGCGGCUUUGCCACGACAGCGACCAGCAACACGUUACAGGAACGCGUCGUAGCGCUCUGUCGCCACCGCGGCUUCGUCUUCCCUGGCUCGGAUCUCUACGGGGGCCUCGCGAACAGCUUUGACUAUGGACCGCUGGGCGCACUAAUGAAGAAGAACGUGAUGGAUCGCUGGUGGCUUGAGUUUGUACAGAAACGUCCGAAUUGCGUGGGUCUCGACAGCUCGGUGCUCCUCAACUCGGCCGUCUGGACAGCGUCUGGCCAUGUGAAGAACUUUACGGACCCCAUGACGGUCUGCAGUAACUGCAACUCCCGCGUCCGCGUGGACCAGUUGCUUGAGGCCGAGCUGCAAGACGUUGACGCCGUCACAUCGCUGUCACUGGCCGAAAUGGACGCCCUGCUCGUCCAGCUCGACGUGCCGUGUCCUCACUGCCACCACACGCGCAGCUUCCAGCCGACAAAGCAGUUCAAUUUGCUCUUUCGCACCAACAUGGGCGCUACGGACGAGACGUGCGAAUGGAUCUAUCUGCGUCCGGAGACAGCACAAGGUGCCUACAUUAACUUUGCCAAUGUGCAGAGCACGAUGCGCAAGAAAUUGCCGUUUGGCAUUGGACAAAUGGGCAAAAGCUUCCGCAAUGAGAUUUCACCUGGCCACUUUCUGUUUCGCACGCGCGAGUUUGAGCAACUGGAGCUGCAGUUCUUUACGCACCCGAACGAAUCGGACGACUGGUAUCGCUACUGGGUGGACCAGUGCUACGAAUUUUUGACCAAGUACGGCAUCAAGUCCGAGAACCUGAGGAAACACGAACAUGCGCCUGAGGAAUUGGCUCACUACGCUCGUGCUACAACGGACAUUCAGUUCAGGUAUCCGUUUGGCUGGAGCGAGUUGUGGGGCAUUGCGAAUCGCACUAGCUAUGACCUGAAGAAACACAUGGACGCGAGUGGAAAAAAUCUCAAGUAUCAGGACCUCGUUGCAAAGGAGGAGUUCUUGCCGCACGUCGUCGAACCAGCGCUGGGUGUUGGACGUGUCAUGCUCUCGAUGCUGCUGGAUGCCUACGAUGAAGAAGAAGUGAACGGUCGGCAGCGCACUGUGCUGCGUUUGCAUCCGGAUAUCGCACCGUACCGUUUUGCGGUGUUACCUCUUGUGAAGAAGGAACCUCUGUUGGAAGUGGCUCAGAAGCUUUUUGAAAAUUUGUGUGGAAGCGCCAGCGUGGACUACGACGUUGCAGGAAGCAUUGGUCGCCGUUACCGUCGCCAAGAUGAGAUUGGCACGCCAAUGUGCUUAACUGUGGAUUUUGAUACUCUGGAGGAUAAGUGUGUGACAGUUCGCGACCGCGACAGUUUGGAGCAGAAGCGUGUGUCGAUUGAACAAAUCCUUCUUGGCACUUCAAUGAUGCCUUCCAGUUUUUCUUCCUUUUAA